UAGAGAAGAAAGAUGGUUUUCUUUCUUUGCUUUCUCUUGAUAUCUAUAUUCUUAACUUGUGGAAAAGCAGAUAUAAACACAUCAAGUCCUUUAUCAAGAGGACAAACUCUGAGCUCUCCUAACGGAGUUUAUGAACUAGGCUUCUUCAGUCCUAACAACACCCUGAAUCAGUAUGUUGGGAUCUGGUUCAAGAACAUCACUCCACAGGUCGUUGUGUGGGUAGCUAACAGAGACAAGCCCAUCACAAACACCGCGGCGAAUUUCACCAUCAGCAGCAACGGGAGCUUGAUCCUGCUUGAUGGAAAGCAAGAUGUUAUUUGGUCAACAGUAGAGGAUUUCACAUCCAAGAAGUUCCAUGCAGAGCUUCUAGACACCGGAAACCUUGUUGUCAUUGAUGAUGUUUCAGGAAAAACAUUAUGGCAGAGCUUCGGGAAUCUUGGUAAUACUAUGCUGCCUCAGUCAUCGAUAUCUUAUGAUAUUCCCGGAGGAAGGGACCGUGUGUUGACUUCUUGGAAAAGCAACAACGAUCCAUCCCCCGGGGAAUUCUCACUGGAGUUCACACCACAAGUCCCCCCACAAGGCCUUAUAAGAAGAGGCUCAAAGCCUUACUGGAGAAGUGGUCCAUGGGCGAAAACAAAAUUCUCUGGGAUACCUGGAAUCGAUGCAUCAUAUGUAAGUCCAUUCAGUGUUGUCCAAGAUGUAGAGAAAGGCACAGCAUCUUUCUCUUAUUCCCAGUUGAGAAACUAUAAACUAUCAUAUGUUACAUUAACAUCAGAAGGGAAAAUGAAGAUCCUCUGGAGUGAUGGGAAAAACUGGACGCUUCACUUUGCGGCUCCAGCAAGCUCAUGUGAUCUGUAUGGUGCUUGUGGGCCUUUUGGUUUGUGUUUGAGAACCAGUACUCCAAAGUGUGUAUGCAUGAAAGGAUUUUUACCAAAGUCAGAUGAGGAGUGGAAGCAAGGGAAUUGGACAAGUGGAUGUGUCAGACAUACACAACUAUCUUGUCAGGCGAAUUCUUCGACAAAAACUCAAGGCAAAGAUAAAGACAACUUCUAUCAUAUGAAGCAUGUAAAGACUCCGGAUAUGUACCAGUUUGCAAGCUUUCUCAAUGCAGAACAAUGUCACCAGGGUUGUCUAGACAACUGUUCUUGCACAGCUUUUGCCUAUAUAAGUGGAAUUGGAUGCUUAGUAUGGAACCGGGAGCUUGUAGACACGGUUCAGUUUUCGUCUGAUGGAGAGUCUCUUUCCCUUCGUCUUGCAAGUUCAGAAUUGGUUGGAAGCAGCCGAACAAUGAUUAUUGCUGGUGCUACUGCCAGCCUUUCCAUACUCACGAUCUUGGUCUUUUCCGGAUAUACGUUCUGGAGAUACAGAGCCAAACAAAAUGUUGCACCGAAUUUUAUGUUCAACAACACUUCACAAGAUGCACAGAAGAAUGAUUUGGAUUCACAAGAUGUCUCCGGCAUAAAUUUCUUUGACAUGCAUACCAUAAGAACUGCCACUAAUAACUUUAGUUUCUCAAACAAACUCGGUCAAGGUGGAUUUGGUCCAGUUUAUAAGGGAAAGCUGGUUGAUGGAAAGGAAAUAGCGGUUAAACGCCUCUCUAGCAGCUCCGGACAGGGAACAGAGGAGUUCAUGAAUGAGAUAACGCUGAUCUCAAAACUACAACAUAGGAACUUGGUUAGGCUUUUGGGAUGCUGCAUCAAAGGAGAAGAGAAGCUAUUGAUUUAUGAGUAUUUGGAGAACAAAAGCCUUGACGUCUUUCUAUUUGAUUCAACUCUAAAGUUUGAGAUUGAUUGGGCAAAGAGAUUUGAUAUCAUUCAAGGUAUUGCACGUGGACUUCUCUAUCUCCACCGUGACUCACGCCUUAGGGUCAUUCACCGAGACUUGAAGGUGAGCAAUAUUCUCCUGGACGAGAGAAUGAUCCCAAAAAUCUCAGAUUUUGGAUUGGCUCGCAUGUUUCAAGGAACUCAUUUCCAGGACAACACUCGUAGGGUUGUAGGAACUCUAGGAUAUAUGUCUCCUGAGUAUGCAUGGACAGGGGUUUUCUCUGAGAAGUCAGACAUCUAUGCAUUUGGAGUUCUCUUGCUAGAAAUCAUCAGUGGAGAAAAGAUCUCAAGGUUCAACCAUGGAGAAGAAGGAAAUAACCUCAUUGCAUAUGCAUGGGAAUGUUGGUGUGAGACCAAAGGAGUUGAUUUUCUGGACCAAGAUCUUGCUGAUUCUUCUUUCCCAUUACAAGUUUCGAGAUGUGUUCAGAUUGGUCUAAUUUGUGUUCAACACCAACCUGUGGAGAGGCCCAACACAGUUGAGUUAGUGUCUAUGCUCACUUCAACAUUAGUUCUUCCCUCACCAAAACAACCCAUAUUUGCAUUGCAUAGUAGAGAUGAAGAACCCACAUCUAACGAUGUGAUCACGGACAAUGGGUUGACACAAUCUGUGGUCCAAGGCCGCUAAUAAAUGAAUGCAUCAUCAAAAUCUAUGGAACUGAAAGUUUGCGGAUUGCUGUUUUCCUCUAAAUAAAAUUUGCUCAGCUUGUUCAUUGUUUCUUUUUUUCAGCACUUUUCAAAUAAAUAAAGUUAAAACGGUUUUCUUUCCUUUUGUAUUGGUGUUUUGUAAUUGAUAAAGAGUUUGUACUAUUUCGUCUUGUCUUGUUUCUCUUGGAUUCCGCACGAUACAAGAUG